AUGGCUUCCUCGGCAUCAUCAGCUCCCGAGGCUGCUGACGACUCUCGCGCAAGGAAGUCGCGACGCCCGGCGCCGAGCGACUUUCACGUCGCCGUGUUUUGCGCUCUCCCCCUCGAGGCCGACGCCGCAGAUGCCGUCUUUGACGAACAUUGGGAUGACUACCAGGACUCCCUGCCUAGUAAGGCUGCCGGCGAUGUCAAUGCCUACACGUUUGGCGUCAUCGGUCGGCAUCAUGUCGUGCUGGUGCACUUGUCAGCCAUGGGCAAAGUCCACUCUGCAGCUGCCGCCGCGCAGUGCCGGUCCUCGUUCCCUAACAUUGAGCUUGCGCUCAUUGUAGGAGUUUGCGGCGUAACGCCGUAUACGCCAGAAAAGGAGGAGAUUGUGCUCGGCGAUGUCAUUAUCAGCGACGGUGUGGUGCAAUACGAUCUCGGCCGGCAGUUGCCCACUCGUUUUGUCCGCAAGGACACCAUUCAUGAUGUUCUGGGUCGGCCAAAUGUACAGAUACGGUCUUUGCUGGCAAAGCUGAGAGUUCUACGGGUGCGCGAGGACUUGGACAAUAAGGCGGCUUACUACCUCGAACUACUCCAGGAACAAUCAAGGCUGCUGGCCCAAUACCCAGGAGUUGAGCACGACUGA